GUUUAUUGUUUCGAGACAAAGCUAACCUCCAAAUAUUGUAGAAGUGAGACUAUCAAGCGUUGGUUUCUUUUCAAUACUUUAAGAUAAUGAGUUCCUAAUAGAGAACGAAAAUAAACUUAUUCGUAGUUCAGUAAGUGAUAGAUAUUUCUGGAUCGUAUUACUAGUGCAACCAAUUUUCGUCGAUAUGGAUUAUACCAAAAGAUUAAGCAUGAUUGAAAUGUUCAAUGAGCCACCUGAGUAUCGGCCGCCCGGUACCGCUAUAGAACUGACUGCCAGCCUCCAAUAUCCGAACCUGAAUUCGCAGCAGUAUCGAAUGACACGCAAACCCCCGGCCAAUGUUCUACAUCGUUGUCUGGAUCAUGUCGCAUACAAUUCUAACGGACAGGUGGUGCUUGUUGGCAAUGAUCUAAUGGGACGGCGCUGGGGAUCAAGUUUUUACGGGUGGGAUAAGACGGGUGAUGUGAUGGACGCAUCAAAGGUCUGCUUCAAAAAGCAGUGUAAAUAUUCGAUUACAGCGCUCAAAUUUACAAAGGAUCCUAAUUUGUUUGUUCUGGGAACCGACAAAGGCUCAAUAGAAUUAUGGUCCACACAGAAUCCGGCACGUGGUGAAGGAUAUUCGUUAUACCAGGUUGAUAAACAAGCGGAACAUAUUGAAGGGAUAUCCGCAAUGGAUCUACUUCAGGGAGAUGAAAAUAAACUAGUCACCGGAUCCAAUGAUGGCUGUCUGAAAAUUUGGAAUUAUGGCGCGGAUCUUCAUUCCAUCAGCACAAUAACGUUUGCCCACACGGAUGAAAUUACCGGCAUUUCUGCCAGUAGAGAGAACGGAUCACUUUUCGUAUCAUCUUCACUUGAUCGAUCGGCUCUUAUGUGGGAUUUACGGAAGCCUCGACCGGCGUCGGCAAUUUUCGAUGAACAUGAGUAUGCCUUCACAGCUCUCUACUGGACAUCCACAAAGGAAGCAAAUCAAAUCGUGGGACUUGGUGACGAAGCUGGAAAUGUUCAUUUUGUGGACACAAGGCAACCCAAUGUCUUUAUGCACUCCGUCCAAGUUUUUAGCAGAAAAAUUCACAAAAUCGCAUUUAAUGACACAAACUUUAUUGUCAUAGGAAACACCAACCAGGCCAAAUUCUACGACGAAAAGCUUAUUCUGCUGCACGAGAGCACACCUGCUCCAAAUUACCUGCGAGAUGUUCUGUGGGAUGAACAGCGUGAAUCGAAUAGUAUUGGCGCAUGUUGGUUGGUUGGCUGGGAAUCGUUCUUCAAGAGGGAAGAAUUUUAGGGAUUCCAAUUCCGUGCUAGGUUGAAUUGAAGUUAAUGAAUCAUACAUCUUGUUAAACGAUAAUAUAUUACCUUUAGUAGAGGUUCAUUUGACUUGAAA